UGAAACCAAUUUAUUUAAACAACUUGAUAGGAUUAACAUUCAUUCUCGAAAAUUCUUCCGCCAAUGAUGGCGGUCAAUAUAUUCAAAGUGCUUGUCAUUUCAAUUAUAUUCGGAUUUGCAAUUGGAAAUCCACAAGAGCAUCAUGGACAUCACGAUCAGAAAGAAGAAAACAGUGUGCUAAAAAAAAUGCAAGCUGAAGGAAUAGUUCCAGAUGUUAUUGACCAUUUGCCCGCCUCUCAACUAUCUGUGACUUUUGGGGAGCACAAAGUCGAGUUGGGUAACGAAUUAACACCUACUCAAGUAAAGAAUGCACCGACAGUGCAGUGGGAAGGGGAGAAAAACACUUAUUACACGUUAGCGAUGGUUGAUCCUGAUGCCCCAAGCAGGAAGGAACCAAAAUUUAGGGAAGUUAAUCAUUGGUUGGUUGUGAACAUUGAAGGAUCUAAACUUGCUGAAGGCGAGGUUAUUACAGCUUACUUGGGUUCCGGGCCUCCAAAAGGUACAGAGAAACAUCGAUAUGUCUUUCUACUAUUCAAGCAACCCAAGAAGCUGAUUUUUGAUCAUCCAAAGACUGGCCCCCUUUCAAGAGAACAUCGUUUGAACUUUAACAUUCGAAAAUUCGCCGUGAAGUACGAGCUGGGAACGCCAAUCGCUGGGAACUUUUAUCAGGCUGAAUGGGAUACCUAUGUUGACGAACGUAACAAGAAGAUUAUAAGUUAAAUAUAGAUUAUGAUCUCUUUUAUAAAAGUUUGGAAUUAAUCAUUUUUAUCUAGAGAAUACGUUGGCGUAAUAGUUCUAAAAUGAACCCAAAGUUGGCUUUUUUUUUUUAAAUUAAUGACAAAAACAAUCUACUAUUUAACAUUUUGUUAAUAUUCUGACAUUUGAAAUACAGCUCUUUUAAACAUG